CGGGCUAUAGUUCGGCCGUGCCGUAACAACUACCCUGUAAAAUGAGGGGUUUCCUGGGCUAGGCCCGAAAGGCUACCCGGCGUACACUAGAUGAGACCUUGGUUGGCCAAUGCAAAGACGACGGCAGGUAUCCCUUCCCCAGCGUCUGUCAUGGAGGGUAGAUGCGUGACUUUGCAUCUAAUAUUCCUGAUAAGGCAGCCUUGUGAAGGACCUUACUGAUUAUAUAUACAGUAGGAGCGAUUAUAGUCUAAUUCGGUGAAGGCGAGGGCGUGACUUGGCCAAUUCCAGCCCGUGGAAAGAUUUCGAAAUGUGCUCGGACGCAGUCGCUUCAACAUCCAAUUGACCAACUUGAUACCUGCAUCGACAUCCGGCCUAUCUUGCUGGGUCACCAGGGACGCUUCAUUGACUGAGGUCUCCAGUGUAAUAAGAAGGGAAAACGCCAUGGGCUUUAAAUCUAUCCUGUCUUGCGGACUUGCCAGCAUUCACUCAGAUUUUGACGAAUUCGGGGAGCUGCCGUCGCAGUACAUAUCGCAGAGUCGGAGCAGGCCUGCAGAAGAUAUUUUUCAGAGCCCGAGGAGACGAUUCACCUCCCCCGUUCUAGUAAGAGGGACGGCAGACAACCUUCAACAGUUAACGAGAGGACAUACAUUUCCAAGUGGGGCAGGAGCCACGCAGCAACCUGUUAGACGGCCAAAGAGACGACAUACCGUUCCUGGCACUGGCACCGUCACCAGUAAACAUCUCAUCCAGUGGACUCCCGAGCUGACGACUUUCGAAAUGUCUCGCACCCCACGGACCCGUGGAAUAGAUCAAGCGAGGCGAAGUGACAGCUGGGUGAGCGGAAAACGGAGAGACGCCAUCUACGGUGACUUCCGACAACGCCUGGAUAAAGCGCUAAGACAGAACUCCUGGAUUCCUGACCAGUACUGGAAAGAGUUCCUGAAGAAUAAAGACAACAUUGAGGCGAUACUGAGAAGUAGGAACGUGACGCAGAAGCGCAACCGUUCAGAAAUGGUCGAUUUCUUUCAUGACAUGGCCCCUCAGCUGUUCACAAUAUUCGUUGUCGAAGGUGGCGAGGAACAUCUUCUUGCACUUAUGAGGGCCAAAUCACUGACAAAAGUCUACCACUACGGUACGAAUUCGUCAAAAGCUCCGAGGCGCAGCCAGCUUGUCUCUUCGUCCAGACAGAGGUCGGAAAAAAACUGCUCAAGACCAAGAAGAACGCCGAUGAAUGGGCAAUUAGGGAUUGCUUCGACAGACUGGUCGACCGGCAAUGGCGAUUCUUGGUCCCCCGGUUGCGUUGGAUGACAGUCGGGGACUCGGUCGGCAACUCUAUAUGUCGGCCGCCAUUUCUACCAUUAGGACCGAAGAAAGAGAUAAUCAGUCGCACGCUCUUUAGCGAAGUAUCGAAGUGUGUAGUCCAUUGUGAUUACAUUAACAUUCCAUGCAGCGAUCUGGUACGUGUUUCGCUUUCGUCCUUCCAACACCUGAUGGGUUGGUUCUGUCUCUCAAGGCAAACACUGAAAAUCUGAUGCGGGGUACAGAAGAUCCCUAUGCAUAACGACA